AUGACCGACAAAGAAAAAGAACUUUGUCCUCGCCUCAUUGACUUUCUAGUCAUUGUUGGAAAAAGAAAUAGAGUUAGAGGGCCAAGUCAAAGCAGUCCAGAUGCCACAAAUGAUCCGACGGUCACAUAUCCAGAAAUUCUACGACGCUAUCCUACCGAUGACCACAAAGACUUUAUAUUGCCAACAGAUGUAACUGUUUUUUGUCAGCCGGAAGGUUGCAUUACUACAAGUGAGUGUUUUAUUGCUAGUUAGAAUUUUCUCUCAAAACUGUUUGGUGUUAUUUUCAGGUGCGCGUUCUCGUAAAAACAUCCGGAAUGAUCCACAAUUUUUUGUAUUUAUGCUUACUGAAAAAGAUUCUGCAAAAAUCCGCUAUGGAAUCUGCUUGAACUUCUAUCAGUCUUUCGAAAGAAGAUCCACUCCGAAAGAAGAAAAAACAUUUGCAGAUGAUGUUCACCAUAGAAAGUAGCCAACACAUUUACAAAACAGAUUAUUAUAAUUUAUAUCCUUCCAGAAGAGAUUUUCAUGUUUCAUUGACAAGUCUAUGCUUCAUCUCACACCAUCCGUUUGUUUCAAUAUUUCAUCAAGUGCUUCUGCUCUUAAAGCGUGUCAUUGACAGCUGCAAUCAUAGAGCAGCCCAGAGAACUGGACAUAAGUAUACAAAAAUACUUUUAUUUUUAGCGUAUAGCUAAAUGUUUUGCAGAGAUAUCGUCUGGGCGAUUGUCACCGGGCAUUAUAAUGACCAAAUACCGCCAGAAGUUAUGAAAGAAAUUAAGGAAAUUGAAACAUGGAUUCUCAUGUUGUUGAGUUCUCCUGUUCCAGUUCCAGGAAAAACAAAAGUUCAAAUUGAGGUGAACACUUGAUUACUCUUGAUAUCGAUAUAAAAGUUCAACACUUACAAUUUAGGUAAUGCCACAAGAUCUUUCGCAAGUGUUCGAGUUUGCCCUUCCUGAUCAUACAAGGUUCACUUUGAUUGAUUUUCCACUUCACAUUCCAUUCGAACUCCUGGGUAUAGAUAUGGCUCUACGAGUUUUAACAGCGGCAAUGCUCGAAUUCAAAGUAAGAUUUAAUUACGAUUUGUUUCUGACUUCAAUUUUUAUUGUAUUUCAGAUUGUUAUACAAUCUCGGAACUACAAUGCUGUAAGCAUGUGUAUUCUCUCGAUUGUUGCUCUACUUUACCCUUUGGAGUAUAUGUUUCCUGUCAUCCCUUUACUUCCUGCCUAUAUGCCAUCGGCGGAGCAACUUUUGCUAGCACCAACGCCUUUUCUGAUUGGUGUUCCUUCAUCAUUUUUCCACCACCGUAAAAUCCGAGAGCUACCUCCGGAUGUAAUUCUGGUUGAUCUUGACACUAACUCGCUGCAAGUCCCUGAUGAUCUAUACAUUCCUGAUCUUCCCGAGCCCGACGUUUCGCAGUUGAAAGAAAAGAUAAAAAAUGCCAUCAACAAAAUGACGACAAUGACUAUUGAUAAUGAGAUCAGUUUCACUGACGCAGAUCUGGGAAUUGACAUCGACAGUGUCGACGUUGCUUGUAGGGUGGCUAUGGUAUGCGGUUUUAUUGUACGCUUAUUCAUACUUUAUUUCAGGUUCAAUUUUUCAAUUCAGCAAACAUUUUUGGCAACUUUAGUGAGCACACUCGGACUCUCCGCUUGUAUCCUAGACCUGUGGUAUCCUUGCAAACGGAUUCGUUCUUACGCAGUCGCCCACAGUGUACACAGUUCAUAACCGAUUUGUGUCGUACCCAAGCUGUAGAGUAUUUUGCCGAGUGUUGUCUUUGUCCUAAAAAUGAGACGUUUGUAAGAGUUCAAGCAGGAAUAGAGAGCGCUGAACAAGUCGGGGAUAAGCCGAAAUGGUUUAAUGAAUCACUCAUGCCUGUUCAUUUCAUGGUGACUCAGAAGAAAGGUUUUCAUAAUGAAAAACAAUUUUUUACAGGUGUAUCCUAACAAUUCAACACUUGACUCUGCCAUCCGCGUUUACAACACUGAAGUGGAUGUAGAUGACAUUGAGGAUGAGAAUCCAACUUCCACCGAAAGUUCAAAUAGCAUUGACGAUUUUGUAUUUGAUGAUAGCCAAACAAUGGGUAACUUGUACUUGCAAUCAUAGAAUUGUUGUAAUGAUGCAUCUUCCAGCAGACGUUGGAGAGGUUACGAAACCAUUGGCGGAAGUUAAUUAUGUUUACAAAGAACCGAUGACACUGGAGUUACCUCCAAGUGAAAGUGCUGUUUCUAUUGGCAGUUCUUUGAGUAGCGGCCGUAGCAGCCCUGAUUCUUCGCUUUCUACAUCGGCAGUUGAUAGUGAAGCUGAUUUUGCAAGGCUUGCUGAGAAUCUUGCUUUGAAGUCUAAUUCACAAGGCGCAUUUUCUUUCGAUCAUGGCAGUGACUCUGAAUACGAAUCAACGCCUGUUUCACAGAGAAGAAAAACAAUCCACAAUCCACAAGGAAGUGAAACAUCGGAUACCCCAACUAGUCGGGGAUCAUUAAAAUCUGGAUUGAGAAUGAAGGUACAACAUUCUCUUAAGGAAAUUUUUAAAACCACUUUUCAGGGGUUCUCAACGUUGACCGAUUCUGGUGAGAAAGUUCUCGGACCGUCCUUCAUGAACACAAUCAACGGGUAUGCCGAAAAAAGCCAAAGCGUGUUCAGUCAGGUUUUCAUAUAUUUUUACAACAAAUUCCAAAAAUAAUAACUCAGGUGAUUAACAAAACUGCUCCCAAAGCUCAAGCCCUAAAGGAACGAACAAUGAAACCUCUAGCAAGCAAGAUUGAACAAAGCCAGCACAUGGUUCGAUCGAAAGCGUUGCCAAACCCCACUAGCCAGCAAACAGCAAAUCAGCAAAGGUUACAAAAACACACGCACAUUUUGCAUAUUUUAUAUUUUAGUAAGAAUCAACAGACUGUGAAGGAAUUCUGUGAUCAAGCUUUAGCCGGACAAAGUGUUGGUAUGUUUGCAGCGCCGAAGCUAAGACGGUUGAUGGAAGAUGAAAGUCUUCGCGAAUUAGUGUGUUCCAAACUGAAUCUUGGACUUGACGUAAAAUUAUCGGAAGAUGAGUAUGUGAAGGAAGUGGUAAGAUCCAAGAAAAGUUGCAGAGAAUUCAAACCAAACAUUUCAGCAAUUAACAAAAGGACAGUUUAAAGCUUACGUCAAAAUAUUGAAAGCCUGUUUGGAAGGCAUUGAAAUGUCAUUCAGCACUCCGGGAUGUUGUGGAUUUGCAAGUGUGUUUCAUGUUCUUGAAAUUGCUCACACUCAUUAUUGGGCAAUGGGUGGCGGUGAAGUAAUAACACCAAGCAGUUCAGUUCCGAGCACGGUUGGUUGUCAAUCUAUCUGUCUUUAAAAUUAAUUUUCCAUACUCUUAUAAUUGUAGAUGACAACUCCUUCGGAACACACUGAUGAAAUGUUCAAGGAUUCACAAUCUCGAACAAAGCUGCCUGCUUCAGCGAUUGACCUAAGAACGCCAACAAAACCUCUAGGACAAAGUGCAGUGGCAAAGACAGAUGAAGAACAAAAUACAUCUCAAGCGGAAAAAGCAAUUGCGGUUCCUCCGCCUAUUCCUCCUCGAGAAGCUCCACCAGUACCAAAAAGAGUGCCUCCACCUAUAAGUGCGCCCCCUAGAUUACCCGAACCACUCAAAACUGCUCCGCCGUUGCCACCAAGACCGAAACAGAAAUCGCCUGUUUUAAUUUCUCAAACCAUACAAAACAAAAUAGAACAGGCUGAAGCAAGCUCACCAACAUUCCCGGAAGAUGUCGACGAACAGACAAAGCCCUUACUAAAACCGAACCCUCCGAAUACGCUCUCUGUGGGAAAACAAGAGCCACACAAAGUGCUGCCUACUCCUAGCGAGCCUGUCCGCCACUACAUUUACCAAGAGCUUAUCUGUAAGAUUAUCUUUAACACUAUUUUUUACAAAAAAUAGUUCAGUGGCGAUCCAACAUCAAAUCUGGCAGAAUUUGCAAUUCUGGGAGAAUGCGUUUGUCGAUCUGGUUGCACAAGAAAGAGAGAUUGUUGGAAUGGAUCAAGAACCAUCAGAGAUGAUUGACAGGUAGGAUUUCAUCUUCCUAUUUCAAUACGUUUCACCAUUUUUUGCAGGUACUCAGCGCUCAAUGAAUCAGAGAAGAAACGGCUUGAGUUAGAAGAAGAUCGGUUGCUUUCUACGCUUCUUCACAAUAUGACUGCAUAUAUGAUCAUGUGCGGUACGGGACAAAAAGCACUUCAACAAAAAGUGAGACGUCUUCUGGGUAAAGCGCAUAUUGGAUUAGUAUGCUCGAAAGAGAUCAAUAAAUUACUUGACGAGUUGCCUGCCACUCAAGGAAAUUUCAUUCCGCUGAAACCUCUUGGGAGUCGUUUAGUGCAAAAGCAGUCGUUUACUGUUUGCCCAGGUCCAAAUGCAGAAGGACAAAUGAUGUUUAUGGAGGUACACAAUUUCAAAAAAAAAACACAGUUGAUCAGGAAAUUAAAUAGGUGUGUGAUGAUGCUGUCGUCCUACGCUCAAUCACUGGAGCUGCGACCGAACGCUGGUGGUACGAAAGAUUAGUUAAUAUGACAUAUUCACCUAAAACCAAAAUAUUAUGUCUUUGGAGAAGACAUGACGAUAAAGUGCAUAUGCAUAAAUUCUACACGAAAAAGGCAAGUCAACAUUUUCAGUAUGGAAAGCUUAAAAAAACAAAAAUUCAGUGUCGGGAGUUAUAUCAAUGCAUGAAAACAGCAAUGGAGCGAGCUGCAGCGCGAGGAAAAGUUUCCGUCGAAGGAAGAGCAUUAGGUGGCGAAUUUCCAGUUCACGACACUGAAACUAACCAAGGAGGGUUACUUCAAGUAAUCUGCCAUUAUUACAAAUGUAGUACUGGAUGCUUUUAAAAUUUCAGGUUCGUUGCGAUGGCGUUGCUGUAAUUUUUGCACACAGUCAAAUAUUCAUUGCGUUAUCCAACAUUAAAAAAUGCAAUACAUUUGGGGGUAAUGUGUUUCUCUUGGAAGAAUUUGGUAAGUUUUUCAUACAUUAUUCGUUUUGAGUCAAGUUAAUACUUCAGAUCGCAAAAAAGAAGAGAUUAUUCAGAGAAGAUAUUUCUCUCAAAUGGUAAGAAACAGGCAAUUUGCUUCUGUUGCUAUGGUUUUUGCACAACUUAUAUAUGUUUACAUGUAGACAUAUAUUCAUACAUUUUUUAUUUUUCAUUCAUUCCCUCAUAUAUGUAUUGUGAUGUUUGUCUAUUAGCAGAGUGUUUACAGGCUGUCGAUAUAGCAUGGUCGAUGCACCGUGUUUUUAGCGUGCAAUUUGCGGUAUCGUGUCAAAAAGCUGCACCGGAUUUUGACAAUGACAAUACUGUCAUACUUGAUGUAGUCUCUUCCUGA